GAUGGUGAUGGGGAUGUUCUCACUGCUGCGAUUGCUGCGGCUGGCGGUGCUGCGAGGCGAGACUUGCCGGUGGUGAUUUACGUGCACGGCGGGGCCUUUAACUUUGGCUUCCCUGCGGAGAGGGAUCUGGCAUCGUUUGUGGCCUGGGGGCGGAAUCAGGUGCUGGUUGUGAGCAUUUCGUAUCGCCUGGGCGCUUUGGGCUUCUUGUCUGGAUCGACAGAGGCGACGUCAAAGGGCCCGGAACUGAAUCUGGGCCUGAAGGAUCAGCGGGUGGCGGUUGAGUGGGUGAGACAGUGGAUUGGCGAGUUUGGGGGGGAUGUGGACGAUAUCACGCUCUGGGGAUCGAGUGCUGGGGCGCAUUCGGUUGGCCAUCACAUGCUUAACCCUUCGCCCCUUCCCUUCCGCAAGGCCAUUCUCGAAUCUGGUUCUCCUACUGCGCGCUCUGUCCUCUCACCUUCACAUCCUCGCAACAUUGGACAGCUAAAUGAGCUCGGCAUGUAUGCCAACAACCAGCCGCUCGGUUCUCUCCCCAUCGACGAUCUCAUCCAGUCUUCUUUUACCGUGUACGCUAUGCACCACACGGCCGUGACUUGGCCUUUCCAGCCCGUCAUUGAUGGCCCUGGAGGCGUCAUCCCCGAUCUGCCCCUGAAUCUGUGGCGCGAUCUUAUUAGUUCAGGCCGCGCAAAGGAGCUGUCCGUCAUCACAGGCUUUUGCUCUCACGAGGGCACUACUUUUGCGCCCCAGCAUGCUUCUACCAGCGCCGAGUUCCGCUCUUUCUUCCAGAAACUCAUCCCUUCCUUUUCGGCAGACGAUCUCGAUGCGCUCGAGCUGCUCUACCCAGACCCCCUCAUCGAUCCAGAUUCCCCGUACCGUCAGCCUCCCGGUAUAGGCGGUCCUCAGAAACGCCCCUAUGGGGCUCAGUUCCGUCGCAUUCAUGAGGCAUAUGGCCACUAUGCUUACAUCUGCCCCAUACUACACACCGCACACACUCUAUCCAGGGCCGGAGCCCGCGUCUAUGUCUAUGAAUACGCCGCAUUGUCUUCUCCCUUCAAGGCAGCCUCUCACAGCGACCAGCCUCCCGCCGUAACGCACGAUCUUAAUGUGCUCGAGUUCACGCCAGGCCUCGUGGCCACUGCUAAAGAAAUGAACCAUCGCUGGGUCUCCUUUUGCUCAUCUCCGUCUGGUAAGUUGGACGCGAGGGAUGAAGAUGAACGGUGGCCCGAGUUUCAGUCGCCUUUGGGAGAUGACAGUGGCUCUUCUGUUCCAGGAACUGGAGCCGGCAAGCUUCUAGUUUUUGGAGAGGGCAAUGACGAAGCCGCGGGAGGACGGAAUCAAGGCACUCCUGUGAAGGCGAGGACGUUGACGGAGAGGGAGCUGGAGCAAUGUCGCUUCUGGUGGGACCGCAUGGAGUUGAGUCAG